AUGGAGUGGUUGGACAAGAAAGAGGUUAGUUCAGUUGUAUUUGUUUCCGUUGGAAGUGAGUGUUUUCUUUCCAAACAACAGAUUGAAGAGAUAGCUCAUAGGUCACAGCUAAGCAAAGUGAGUAUCAUAUGGGUUCAUAGAGCAGAGAAAACUAGGGUUCUUCAUGAGGUCUUACCAGAAGGGUUUUUGGAGAGGAUUGGAGAUAUGGGUAUGGUGGUAGAGGAGUCGGCCCCACAGGCAAAGAUUUUAGGCCAUUCAAGCAUUGGUGGGUUUGUGAGCCACUGUGGUUGGGGUUCAACCUUAGAGGGUGUGAUGUUUGGUGUCCCAAUCAUAGCCAUGCCUAUGCGCCUUGAUCAGCCCUUCAAUGCCAAGUUGGUGGUGGAGAUUGGUGUGGGCAAGGAGGUCAAGAAAGAGAAUGAGAAUGAAAGGUUUAAGAGAGAGGAAGUGGCAAGAGUGAUCAAACAAGUUGUGGAUCAAGAAGAUGGAAAGGAGGUGACAAGGAAAGUUAAAGAAUUAAGUGAGAGGAUGAGAGAGAAAAGUGAGGAAGAGAUUGAUUUGGUGAUUGAGAAAUUGGUGCAGCUUGUUAGGAAAUCAUAG